GAAGCAGGGGGUAGUUCUGGUACAAAGUUCAGAUAGCAGAAUCGCGUUCGAUUAAGUAUUUGGAAUUUGUUCAAAUCCAUAGAGGUGUCGAACUAAUUUAUAUACUCGGUGUUUCGUACGUAAAUGAUGUACUAGUAGGUAUACGCGAGAUUAAACUAAAGAUCAAUCUGUUGGUAAUUAUCGCACAGUCUGUGAUAUUCUAUACACCGGUCAACUCGUCAUUUUGUUUUGCGCGAUUUUAAUAGCAAAUCGUACUCUCGUUCAAAUACUCGAUUUUUACUGCGGUAAUUCGAAACAGAUAAAAUGGCUUCGCUCAAAUUCGCUUUUUUUGCUCUCGUAGCUGUGGCUUUCGUUAUGGCCGCUCGAGGUGAUGACUUUACCGACGCUGUGAACCAAGGUAUCGACAAGGCAAAAGAAACUGUAGGAAUAACGACCGAGAAAAAAGGAUUAUUCGAUUCGUUCAAAGAAAAGGCCGGAAACUUUUACGACGCUGCUGUAGAAAAAGGCAAAGAAGCGUACCAAGCUACCAAAGAAGCUGUAUCCGAUGGAGUCGAUAAAGUAAAAGAAAAGAUCAACGAACUCCGUGACAAGAAACCAGAAACCCCAAAUCCUGCUGACAUUGUCAACACCAACACCCAAUAAGAAAAGAAAAUGACGUAAUUUGUAAUUACAUUUUUUUACUACGUAAUUAUUACUUAUUUAUUGUGUACUUAUUAAUUUUAUAAUUUUUUUUUUCAAAAAAAUGAUUCAAUAAAGAUAUCAUAUAAAUUUAAAGAA